AAGCAUGAACGCAGUAAAUGCUCCGCCCUUCAGAGCCUCCGGCAGGUGGUGGCAACACAUCCCGGGAAAACCCGCUGGGGAGAACGAGCAGGAGCUGGACAAGGGAGGGGAGACGAGGGAGGAGCGUGGCGACAGAUGAGAACCAGUGGGCUGCUACUGACGGUGCUGGUGGUGGCAGGGGGAGCAUGGGCCCAAUCCCAGCAGCAGCAGCACCAAGAGUACUUCACCUGUGCUCCGAAUGAGAGGUGCGUGUACUGGGCUUAUUGCUACGAGGGUUCCCUCAACACGGGCGGUAUCGGUCUGAUCGACCCCCGCACACCCGCCCCCAUCCCCAGCAACAUCACCGACGCCCGCCCGUGUGAGAGUGUAGGGAGACUGUGCUGCGUUGACCCUGACUACGUGCCCGCUGAGCCUCAGGUCCAGUGUCCUCUCCAUCACCUGUGUGUACAGAAGGCGCAGUGCAUCAAUGGCGAAAUAAACACCUCUGGCAUUGGCCUCAUCAACCUGCGUAUCGGAGGCUCGGCGUGUGUGAAUCCCGAUUACAAAGGUGUAGAGGCAGAGUGUUGCAAGCGACCUGGCCCGCUGCCUCUGGUCACCUGCCCUUCUCCCGAGCAGACCUGCCGCCUCUCCUAUGAGUGUGACGUGAGCACCGGCACGUACGACGACACCGUGAGCUGUUACGUGGACGCGGCGUCCGGCCUGGAUGGCGUGUGCUGCUCCCCGCCAGUGCAGACGCAGUGCUCUCGUGGCCGUGUGUGCGUGACUCGGCAGCAGUGCAAUGAGCAAGGCAACGUGAUUACUGACGGUGCCGGAAACCUUGAUGUUAGGAUCCUUGACAGGUGUGACCUGGGUGGUGGCGCGACGGGCGUUUGCUGUAACGAGCCCCCACCCGUGGAACCCCCUGUGGAGCAGUGCUCGCAGCCCAAUGCUGUUUGCACCCCCACUGGGUACUGCGCAUCGGACUCCCUCUCAGCCCCCAACGGUUACACAGAGACUUGUUACCGCACUGAGGGCAGUGGCGCCGUGGGUGAAUGCUGUCUGCAGACGCCUCUCCUCACUUGUCCCGCCGACCACACAUGUAAUCUGGCCCACCAGUGCGCAGAGACCCCAGCCGUCCUCACUGAUAAGCCAAGCUGUCAGCUGAACCCCGAACUGGUGGGCGUGUGCUGCACCAAGAAGUCUGAGCCCCAGAUUAUCCUGGACGUGUGUCCCAGUGACUCUGUGUGCUUGCCGGAGGUUCUGUGCCAGGGCAGCAGCAUCCAGACCACUGACGUGCGCACCCACUGUCGCCUCAGUGGUACUGGAUAUUCCGACCCCGGAGUCUGCUGCGCUAACAUCAUCACAGAUCCCGGAGUCCCCAGCCUGGAGUGCGGCGUGGGAAGUCCCGAAAUCGACACCCGCAUCAAAAACACUAACCUUGCUAACAGACAAGCUCGGUUUGCAGAGUUCCCGUGGAUGGCUAUCGUCUUCUUCAGGAACCAGACCUACAAGUGCGGAGCUUCGGUGAUCGACGACCGUUGGAUUCUCACUGCAGCGCACUGCGUGAAUGGUUACACUCCCUACGAGCUGAGGGUGCGCCUUGGAGAGUACCAGGUGGACGUGUUUGACACUCUGUACCCUUAUGAAGAUUACGAUCUGGCCAGGAUCGAAAUACAUCCUGACUUCAAUCCGAAGAACUUGCACAAUGAUGUGGCUGUGCUAGAACUGACCACACCAAUCACCUACCGGUACCACAUCAACAGAGUCUGUCUCCCUCCUCCGGACAGAGUCCACGCGUAUGGCACAGAGUGCAUUGCCACUGGAUGGGGCAAAGAUGCCUUCGAUGGCGGCAAAUUCCAGGUCAUUAUGAAGAAAGUUGCCCUCCCGGUGGUUCCCUCUGACCAGUGCCAAGAAUUGCUGAGAAAAACCAGGCUGGGAAAAUUCUUCAUACUGGAUAAGUCUUUCGUGUGUGCUGGAGGCGAGGCCGGCCAGGACGCGUGCACUGGGGACGGCGGCGGCCCCCUCAUGUGCAGGAACCCCACCACUGGCCAGUACGAGAUUUACGGCAUAACAGCGUGGGGCAUUGGUUGCGGCAUCGAGGGCAACCCUGGCGUGUACGUGAACGUACCUUACUUCAUUGACUGGGUGUACGGCAUCAUGCAGGCCACACCCGAGCAGCAACAGCAGCACAACGCAGGACCUUACGCCAAAUGAGCUCUGCAUGUCGCCGCGGAAGAACUGAUUUUAACUAGCUCUUAACUUUUCUAAGGCAGUACCCAAAAUGCAUUCUGUGAUAUGUUGUUUGUAAUACUUGCGUCAGUAAGAAAUAUUUAGAAACAGUCCUGGGCAGGAACUGUUCGCUGGCGGAUUGCCGAGUCACUGAUUUAUGUAGAAUCUUUUAAUUAAACCUUCAGGAAAUAAAAUCGUCUGUUACUUCAUA